AUGUUCCUGUUGAUACCCCUGCUGAUGCAGCAGCAGCAGCAGCAGCAGCAGAAGCAGCAGUAUAAGCAGCAGCAGCAGCAGCAGCAGCAGAAGCAGUAUAAGCAGCAGCAGCAGCAGCAGAAGCAGCAGUAUAAGCAGCAGCAGCAGCAGCAGUAUAAGCAACAGCAGCAGCAGCAGCAACAGCAGUAUAAGCAGCAGCAGCAGCAGCAGCGGUAUAAGCAGCAGCAGCAACAGUAUAAGCAGCAGCAGCAACAGUGUAUGCAGCAGCAGCAACAGGAUAAGCAGCAGCAGCAGCAGCAGCAGAAUAAGCAGGAGUAG